UACCUGUAGCUUUAGUUUGACAGUGCAGCGGUCCCCCACGCUGUGUCGGUAACUCGAGGUGUCUGUAGGAGACGGCGGUCGAGUCGGUGCCAACAGCGUUUCGUCCCGUGAACACGUUAAUGACGCCAAACCGAGGAUAGCGUCGGCUAACUCCGUGUGACGUCACCGCCCCGCCAGCGGAGAUGAUCGCGUGGAGUCAAAGUUGAGGUCGGUCUUUGAUUUUCCCUUCAGUCGCGUGCGUGUGAUGGCAGAGCUCCCGUCUGGACUGCUGGAGGCAUGCGUAGUGAUUGGAGCGUCCACUGAUAAGCUCCGAGACAUAUACCAGCUCCAUGUGCAGAGUAAGCUUGAGGAAUUCCCCCUGUUGGAAGGAGAGGUACUGCAGGUCCAUGCCCCGCCCUUUGUUUCCAAGGAAACCAACUCCAGCCAGUUGAUUGGACCGGCCUUCAGUCGUGUCCAGAAGAGGAGGAGCUUUAUCAAAAAAAAGAGGCGAGAUCGUGCUGCAGAGGUGUUGCCUAACGGAGAAACUAGCAAUAGUGCUGAAGUGUCCUCGGCGACGGACGACAUCAGUGUUCCAAAGGAUCUGGACCUCAUCGCCUUGCCACAGCUCUGUUUCCCCGGUGGUCUCCAGUUAGCCAAUGAGCAGCGAGAAGACAGUUAUCACUUCCUGGUGUUUACUGACCUGUUUGGGAACCGAACCCACGGAGUUGUCGUGCAGUACGACAGAGCCGUACAGUCCUGUCAGGAAGGUGCUGUCCCGAAUGGCAACAGGUGGAAUUCAUCGAAGUCCCGCCUCUACACACCUUUUGCUCUGUGUGUCAUCUCUAAGUUCCCCUAUUACAAUGCUCUGAAAGACUGCUUGUCAUGUCUCCUGGUCCUGUUGCGGCUUGCGAGACAAGCUGACUUUGAGGAGACCAUAAAGGAAUUUUCAGCCAAGCUUUCCCUGGUUCCUUUACCACCACCUGGACAGCUACACGUGUCCUUCAACCUCCGUCCCAUCAACGUGGUCCUUCCAUCAAGGAAAGACCAGGACAGCCCCAUUAUCGACAUCGACCUGCAUCUUCCUUUCCUCUGUUUCACGCACACAACACUACUGCAGGUGCUGUCCUGCCUCCUUCAGGAGCAGAGGCUGGUGUUCUUCUCCUCCGACUGGGCCAGGCUCACUCUGGUGGCAGAGAGUUUGCUGUUGUUCCUGCAGCCUCUGUCCUGGCAGCAGCCUUAUGUUCCCGUGUUGGCGAGAGGAAUGCUGGACUUCCUCAUGGCUCCCACGGCCUUCCUGAUGGGCUGUCACAUCAGUAAUUUUGAAGAGGUCGCUGCGGAGACAGAGGAGCUCAUUCUGGUGAAUGUUGAUGAUGGCAUCAUUCAGUCGUCAUGGUCUGAAGGCUUUGACCUGCCGUCCAUCCCUUUGGCUGCUGCUGAGUGCUUUAUCUCAAGGGCAGAGUGUCUUCGGCUCCACUAUGACCUGGAGCAGUGUCAUCUUGGAGCGGCCACUGAUGCCAACGCGCUGCGAGCUCAGCGCAGAGACUGGCAGACGCGCCUCAACACACAGAUACAAAACAUUUCACUGGAACUGGUGGUUAACGUCUUCAGAGGCGUCCAGGACUUUCUGAACCAUGAACACAGAGUUUUCAACAGCGAGGAGUUUCUGAGAACCAGGGAGCCGUCGGAUCAGCUGUUUUACAAGACGGUAUUAGACACUCAUAUCUUUCACUCAUUUCUGCGGGACCGGCUGAACAGGAAACAAGACGCCUUUAGCCGCAUGGAGCAGAACACGCGUAACCAUGCACACCGGAACCGCGCGAUGACGGAGUCUCCUCGGCGUCCUCUCCUGUCUGACCUGUCCCGCAGUGGCUACACCAGCUACACCAGCCCCAGUGACCGACUGAGCAGGAGGCUUGGAGCCAGCCUGCCUAACCUGGACCAACCUGACAGCCCGGCGGCCCUCAGCUCCAACAGACAGGCCUCCUACAGGAAGAUGACGCCGGACGCAGGGUUUAAGUGUCCCCAGAGAGCGGUGAAGGUUUUCCGCCUCCCAGAGUUCCCGCCUCCGCUGGCCUACCACUACGUCCAGAACUAUUAUUCUGACAUGGUGUCUUCGCUGGGGAAGGCUAUUAGCGCCACACCGGCUGGAGAGUCUGCUCUGAUGGCCAGGUAUCACUACCUGCGAGGUUUGGUCAACACGGUGUCCAACAGACGUCUGGAUGCACUGGAGGAUUUCCAGAGUCUUUAUAAGACGGACUCGGACAUCUUCCCUUCUCAGAUGGUUAAGACACUGGUUGACUCUCUACCAGCAGGGGAAAGGUCCCAGGCGGACAAACGGCCAGAACUAAGACGGCUCAUCUGUCGGGUCAAGAGGGACCAGGAGCGGGAGCUCGCGCUCGACGGCAACGGGCGUGAGGAAGCCGCCGUAAAGCGCUUCAAGCUGCCGAAAACAUAUAUGCAGCUGGAGGAGUUUGUAAAAUGCAUCCAGGAGUCUGGCAUUGUAAAAGACCAUGGAACCAUACACAGACUCUUUGAAGCCCUAACAGUAGGCCAUCAGAAGCAGGUGGGUCCAGAGUUGUUUAGAGUCUUCUACACCAUCUGGAAGGAGACGGAGGUCGAGGCACAGGAGGUGUGCCUGCCGGCGUCCGUCUCGGAGCACAUUGAGUCCGGCGAGUGCAUCUUCAAGCUGUCCUCGUCCGUCAAGACGAGCCGCGGCGUGGGGAAGAUCGCCAUGACUCAGCGGCGGCUCUUCCUGCUGACCGACGGACGGCCGGGAUACGUGGAGGUGGCACAGUACCGAGAUUUAGAGGAGGUGAAAGUGUCCUCGGCUCCCUUCCUGCUCCUGAGGAUCCCCAGCCUCAAGCUGCGCGUUCAGGGCAAGAAGGAGGCGUUCGAGGCCAAUUUGAAAUCGGAGACCGAGUUAUGGAACCUGAUGGUCAACGAGAUGUGGGCUGGACGCAAUAUGGCUGACCAGCACAAGGACCCUCAGUACAUGCAGCAGGCUCUGACCAACGCCUUGUUAAUGGACGCGGUGGUGGGCAGCCUUCAGAGCAGUAAGGCCAUCUACGCUGCUUCCAAGUUGGCUCACUUUGACCGCAUCAAGAUGGAAGUGCCGAUGAUGGUCCCAAGGACAACGGCAGAGACGCUGAAGCACAAAAUCAACCCCUCGCUGGAGCUGGCUGAGCCUCACGCUGUAGACGUGCUUCUAUACACUCCGGGUCAGCUUUGGGUGUCUGUGGGCAUGGGGAAGGUGAUGGUGUUCGAUGCCUCCAGCUGGUCCCUCACACACACCUGCCACGUUGGAAAUGCGAGACUGAACUGCAUGCUGGGAGUUGAUAAGGACCAGGUGUGGAUGGGCUCUGAGGACUCUGUUAUCUACAUCAUCAGCAUGCUGGCCAUGGUCUGUAACCGACAGCUGACUGAACACCGGGCCGAGGUCACCGGGCUGGCGCUGGACGUUGACAAAUACAACCAGAAGGUGGCGUAUUCCUGCAGUGCAGAAGGAAGCGUCAUGGUGUGGGACGUCCCAACCCUCCAGGUGAAGAAACAGUUUCGCCUCACCUGCGACCGCCUGCAGUCCGUCUACAGCUGUAACGGGACGCUGUGGUGCUCUUCCAGGGAGAACAUAAUGGAGGUGUGGAGGAACGGCUCAUUAAAACACCGUCUGACUCUGACAGAGCAGCAGAAAGGAUGCACAGCUACAUUCAGCGCUCUGCUGCUGUUGCCAGAGAAGGAGGAGCUGUGGAGUGUUUGCGUGGACACGGGAGAAGUGUGCGUUUGGCGCACUAACGACACAACCAAGCCGUAUGACCGCGUGGUCCUACAGGACUGCGCCGGAUGCCACUGCAUGAUCAAAGUCAAAAACCAGGUGUGGGUCGGGGGCGUCAGCCGCACGGCCGCCAAAGGCAAGAUUUACAUCCUGGACGCGGAACGCCACCAGAUCCUGAAGGAGCUGCACGGCCACAGCGACCAGGUGACGGCGCUCUGCUCCGCGGAGGACCGGUACGUCCUCAGCGGAGCGGGCCAGCACGACGGGAAGGUCGCCAUCUGGAAGGUGGAGUAGAGUCUGCUCUGAGGAGAAAAAAAAACAGACAGGUUUUCAACAGUCGCUCCGCUUUGAGGCUCUCCGGGACGGCCUGUGCACCAACGAGCUUCAGAAUCCGAGCGGGAACGGAGUGAAGGUCCGUGAACGCAGAGCGGAUGGGAAUCCCAAACGGACUCAACUAACGGUACUAACAUGUCAUUUUUCGGGAAUAUGAAGGAUGAAUGAAGACUGGAUAUAUAUUUGUUUUGUAUUCAAAGUGCAUCACUUUUCUGAAGACAUUUACAUUCGUACUAUUAUCAUAGCAUGCCCUGUUUAAUGCUGCUUUUUAUCGACUACGAUGACACUUCUAUCAUCUGGGAGCCUUGUGCGAGCGAGAACCACCUCCAACUGUGUUUUUGAGUUUGGUUUCCACAGUGCAAAGGAGUCAAGGACUAGUGCGAUUGGAGAUUGAUGGUGGGAAAGACCCAUUUUUAAUCUUAAAACAGUUAUUCUUUUUGCAUUUCACAUGAUGGGAAGUGGGGAGCUUGACUCAAACUCUGACAUGUGACACUUGUUUCAGAGCAGCUCAAGAGGAACCAAGUUGCAAUCCGAUAGAAAUGCACAAAAUGAGGACCAACCCCAGUGUUUUUAUUUUGUUAUGUUUUGUUAUCAAAUACUUACCUCAUUUUUUGACUACGUUUUUAACAUUUAGUCUAUUUCUUUUCCUACAAGAUUAGUUUUACUUGUGUUUACAAGCACAAUGGCUAAAUGUUUCCACGUACAGACUGGCUGGUGGGAUCAUGGUCAGAUCUAACUACUCGGCUGUAGAAUGCCUUAUGAUAUUAAAAACCAAGUUGUAUAUCAUUUUAAUUUAAAAGGCCAGGCUAUGAAUUUCUAUUGUGUUCUGUAGACAUCUGUGAUAUAUGCAUUUUUUUUUAUGUUUCUACUUUAUUUCCUUAACGUUAUUUGUGUAGACUAAGUGAAACAAAAUAGACUGGAUUUUUCUUUCACUUUAUUUUUUCUUUAUGGGAUUCUUUAACUAUGAAAGUGAAGAAAUUGGCAUACAUGUCUUUUUUCUGUUCUGUUUAACAAAAACAGAAAUUUGAUAAAUCCUUUCUCUUUUCUUUAUGUAUUUAUAUAAGUAUAUAACUGGUGAAUGUGAAUAUAAAAUACAUUCCUAUUGUAAACUAAACUAGUGACAACGCAAACAACUUCAUUAUGACACUUUAUUAUAUCUUCAAGACUGUUUGACAAAAUUGUCUGAUGUUUAACCAACAGUGAACAACGUAAAUACACAUUUUUAUGAAUAAAGUCUUCAGUUUAUCUUUAUUUUCAACCGGGGCAAGUUUCAAUAAGCGGUUUAACUCGUAAAAGUGCAAUGCAACUGGUCAGGAAGUCUCAUAAGUAAAUACUUCUUCACUUUAAGUGAUUAAAAAAUAAACACAAUUGGGAUUGAUUGCUCCCAAUAAUCCAACAAAGCCACCCUUAUAGUUUUAUGGCAUACGUUUAUUACUUUGCCAUCCCACAACUUCAUGCUGCAUCACAUGAUUUGAGCUUGUUGGUUCCUGCACUUUUCAGAGUUCACCAGCAGGUGGAGAUAUUUGAUACUGAAAGAAAUGAACGCUGGGCAAGUUUUCUGAUGAGAGGUCAUUGGAGUUCAAUUUCACGGGUCAGAACCCCAAAUCAAUAUAACAGACACACUUUCUCUAUCAGUCAAACCAUUGAUUAUUUUAUUUACUACACAGCUGACGGUUUAUCACUUUAAUCAUUUCUACAUAGUUGAUUAAUAAGGUUGAUCAUGUCAUGAAAAAGACUAAAAACGUUUUGUUUUUUUUAUUGUGCAGGUUAUUUGGUCUUGGCUUUUAGACAUAUUGUGUUCCAAUUGUAGGUAGUUUGCUCCAAAACAACAACAAAAACCUGUAACACAAUGCUUGUAAUGUAGUUGCACUGCCAGAAACAGCUGAAGAAUUGAGCUAAAAUACUAUUUGAAAUACAUUAAUGUCUGAACUUUCAAACAUUUUACUUGCAGAUGUGCAGUUCUGUGCAGUUUGUUUCGGUAUGAAUGUGUACGUUGGUUGUUGUGUUACAUAAAGCCAUAAGCACCCUG